CGAAAACUGGCAACAGCGUUUCGUACUCUUUCUCGGAGAACAAAGAGAAGGCGAUCGAAGAAAUUUCGUUAAUCUCAGCUUAGGAAUUCUUUAACAAUUUUAUUAAAAUGGCAAAUUACGACGGUCACGUUGCUAAACGACAAAAAACCGAAGGUGAUAAUAGGGGUCCUUAUGGACAAUAUGGUCAAUCUUAUGGUGGUGGAUAUAACAAUAGAAAUAGAGGCCCUGAAGAAGAGAAACUAAAUCAUAUAUUAUUAAUGACUAUACAAAAUCCAGCUUAUCCUAUUACAGUGGAUGUGAUACACACAAUUUGCAAUCCAAGUGGAAAAGUUCAUCGUAUUGUCAUCUUUAAAAAAAAUGGAGUUCAAGCAAUGGUUGAAUUUGAUAGCAUUGAAUCAGCUAAGAGAGCAAAAGAAUCCCUAAAUGGUGCAGAUAUAUAUUCUGGAUGUUGCACUUUGAAAAUAGAAUAUGCUAAGCCAACCAGAUUAAAUGUUCAUAAAAAUGAUAAUGAAAGUUGGGACUACACAAAUCCUUCACUUGGAGGAAUAGAUGACCACCUGUGUCAUCGUUGGGGGUCAUCCAAGUACUCUCUUCAUAUUGUUGGCCAUCUCUACUGGUUUCUAUCGGAGAAUAUGGUGCAAGAUUUCUGUGCAUUUGCUGGUGCAUCAUUCCUAUGUCCCACUCUAUUCAGAAUGCUAAAUAAUGCAAAAGAUACUCCACAUCACAACAAAUUAGCAGGAGUAUACAGGAUCCCUAUAAAAGAUCAUAGGUGGGAUAAAGACUUAGCAUAUGUGGGAUCCACAAAAAAGAUUGUUGGAGGCAAAAUUAGUGACAGACCUGCUUUGCUACAAGAACCAAGAGGCUAUGGAUCUCCACCCUAUCGUGAUGGUGCACCAAGACCAGGUCCACCAGCAUACCCAGAUCGUGAUUAUGAUGGAUAUGGUGGUCGUGGUCCAUCUCAUGGAUAUGGAAAUGGAGAUUAUGGUCCUCCACCUGGACCACAGAGUCGUUAUGGUGGCCCAUUGCCAGAUAGAUAUGGAAGAUAUGAAAGUGACAUGUAUGAUGGUCGUAAUGAAGGUCCACCACCUGGCGCACGAGGCCCGUUAUAUGGUCCUGGUCCUUCUCCUGGAGGACCAGGUGGUCCACAGCAAGGUUCUGUUGUCAUGAUUUAUGGUCUUGCUCCUGAUAAAAUGAAUGCUGAUAGACUUUUUAAUCUUUUUUGUUUGUAUGGCAAUGUUGUUCGUGUAAGUAUUCCAUGUUAUUCUAAGCAAGCUUUCUUGAAUGAUGUGCAGCAACCAUUUAGUCUUCCUGAUGGAACUCCAUCCUUUAAAGAUUUUAUGGGAAAUCGUAACAAUCGUUUCACUAAUCCAGAAUCAGCUGAAUUGAGCUAUUUUUCCAGGUUUAUUAUAAUAAAAUAUUUAUAUAUUUUUAGUUAUUCUAAGCAAGCUUUCUUGAAUGAUGUGCAGCAACCAUUUAGUCUUCCUGAUGGAACUCCAUCCUUUAAAGAUUUUAUGGGAAAUCGUAACAAUCGUUUCACUAAUCCAGAAUCAGCUGGCAAGAAUAGAAUCCAACCACCAUCAAAAAUUCUUCACUUUUUCAAUGCCCCUUAUGGAAUAAAAGAAGAUGAGCUAAAAAAAGUUUUUGAAGAGGCUGAAGUUAAGCCACCUGUAUCGAUUAAAAUGUUUCCAUCAAAAACUGAAAGAAGUUCUUCCGGAUUGCUUGAAUUUGAAAAACUGUCUGAAGCUCUGGAGGCUUUAGUGAUGUGUAAUCACACACCAAUUUCAAACCAGGGUGGAAAAUUCCCAUAUAUUUUGAAGCUAUGCUUUUCAUUCUCAACUCCUCGUUUUUGAAGAUUUUGAAGAUAUUUUAAAAUAUUUUGUUCACGAAAUGAAUCCAGUGUUUUCUUUAAAGAUCUAAAGAAAUUAGGAAGUAUUUUCAGAUCUUCAUAUAUCACUAUUGUGCAUAUUAAUAUUUUAUGUCUAUCAAUGUGUCUUCAUCUUUUAACUUGUAGAAAAUUAUUUGUUUUCUACAUGAGAUCAGUUUUGAAGAUUUACCAUUUAUCUACAUUUCCAGGAUCUGUAGAUACAUUAAAUGCAUUGUGAACAUGUUUAAGACAACACAUACCUUUGUAUUAGUGUAGUUUUUAAUAUAAAUUAAUAUAAAGAAAUUAAAAAAAAAUUUAUAUAAAAAUGGGUUCUUGAAUUUAUAUAAAGAUCUCUAACAAUAGAGAAAUUUUUAUGUCAUUCUGAAAAUUUUCACUUAAUCGCAUUACAUAGUAUAAUAAAAUCAUAUAAAAUAUUAAACGAAUAGUCAUUCUGUAUGAAGUUAACGAAUUUUAAUUGUAAAAAAUGUCAUUUUGAUUUAAAAUAUGCAAAUUUUUCAUUUGUGACUAAACCGCAUUUAUGCUCAUUAUUUGGAAUCUAAAACUGAUGAAAACUUAUUUUAAUCAGAUUAGCAUUAACUGUUGUUUUCUAUGUGAAUUUCUGAUUUAUUACAGAUUUGUUUAUAUGUAACAGAAUUAUUACAUGAGAUGCUCCAAAGACAAAUUAGGAGCUGCUCUUUCUCGGUUAAAUUUCAUUAAUACAUAAUUUCAAGAGUUUUUCUAUUAUUAAAAUAUAAACUGGACAUUUUUUUAAAAAGUUUAACAAUUAAAUUUCGUUGUUAGGAAAUUUUCCAAUAAACUCAAAUUACUAAUAUUUCUAUUGGGAAUUUUUUAAAGUUUUAUAUUUAAUUUUAUUUAAACUACAUUCUUACAGCCAACCAGUCUGUAUUUUGUAUCUUGUUUUACUGUCAAUUUCUAUUUACAUUUUUCAUCCAUUCGACAUUAUGUUGUUUUAAGCCAUCGACUAUUCUCUGUACAGUAGUGAAAUGGAAUGUAUGAUCAUUGUUAAAUAAAAUGUCAUUCUUUAUCUAA